GACAAGUAUGAAAAGUUCAGCACCGGUCCGCGCAGUGUUCUGCGAUUCCACAUGUGUUUUUAAAUGUAUGUGCUACUGUCACUCGAAAUCGAUCGGAACCAUUCAUUCCUGAAUUACAAGUGACUGGCCUUCUAAAUUUACAAAGUUGCUUCCAUCAGUUUGUUCGGCCUCGGAGUGGCGAUAAUCAGUGCGCUCUGUAGGGUGCUGCUGCUCGAGCGCCCUUCUCUGUGGUACUUUCUAGAAGCGUUUGAAUGGUGUGCUGGUUAUCCUCAGAGACACAGUAGUAGAGAAAUAUUUUGAAAAUGCCACAAGAACUCCUCUUCUGCUACAACGUGGGCUGCGGUCAGAAGUAUAACCCUGACGAAAACAAGGAAGACUCUUGCACCCAUCACCCUGGUCAACCUGUCUUUCAUGAUGCAUACAAAGGCUGGGGGUGUUGCAACAAGAAGACAACCGACUUUACGGAAUUCCUCAACAUUCGAGGUUGUACAAAAUCCUUUCAUAGCAAUAUUGCGCCUCCAGAACCGGAACGGCAAGUUGUUGAUAAAUCGACUAAGGAUGAGGUGAUUGUUGUUAAACCUCCGACGCAAACAAGUCUGGAGCGCCCCCCAUUCGAGAGUCCUUUGACGGAGUUGAAGCCAUCAAUUGCUGCCUCCCUCAAGCAGCAAAUCGAAGGCAUUGUAAAAUUGGGUUCCUCUGCCAAUGAGAUUCCAGGGGAUGGCAUACCUCCAAUUGGAACAUCGUGUAAAAAUGGAGGUUGCAAAGUAUUAUAUGAAGGUGUUAGAUCAAUAGAUGAUCAAUGCAUUCACCACCCAGGAUUUCCAGUUUUUCAUGAAGGAAUGAAAUUUUGGAGCUGUUGUGUCAGGAGGACAUCAGACUUCAAUGUUUUCUUAGAACAAGCUGGAUGUAGUACAGGGAAACAUGUCUGGUUCAAAAAGCAGGACAAGUCUGGAGUUUCCUGCAGAUAUGAUUGGCAUCAGACAGGAAAUUUUACUGUUGUCUCAGUAUUUGCCAAAAAAUAUGAUCCGGUCAAAUCUGUAGUGAAAGUUAAUCCUAUCAGACUUGUGAUUAAUUUAUAUUUUCCUGAAACCGAAGACUGCUUCAAUUUGGAUGUGGAGUUAGGUGGAGUUGUUAAUGUAGCUGAAUGCAGUGCCCAGAUGUUGGGUACUAAAGUUGAAGUGAAACUGAGAAAAGCUGAACCCGCUGCAUGGAAGAACCUUUGCAUAUCUAGAGGAGUUGGCGACACUCAAAGCACACCAAGUAGCGAAUCAAGCAGCAGUACUGCCACUCUCGAAUCCCGGGUGGACGCUGUUGAUUUAAGUGAUCUGUGAAUUUUGUAUGGACGAACACCUACAGAUGAACAUCUCUAAAUUAUUGCCUUAUAAAUUUUUACUUCCUGUGCCUUAUAUAUAUCAUAACGACGAUUUUCUCUAACUUUUGUAUUGUCUCUUUCAUUGCUCAUGCAUGUUUAAAACAUAGUGAUUUUCUUUUUAAUUUGUCCUUUGCUUUCUGUUCUCACUAUACUGAUUUAAGUACAAACGUCAGAGUGUAAUAAAUAAAUAUUUAUCAAGCUUUAA